AUGAGUGAUGAUAAAAAAAUACUUGAUCAAGAAACUGCGCGUAUUAAACAACUUUUGAAAGAUCAAGAAGAUGAAAUCAAUAUUGAAAAGGAAAAAUAUGAACAGUUACUUGAAAUGUUUUCUAACGUAAAGAAAAAUGUUGCUGAUGUUAUGAAAGAAUCUCUACCUGAAAUCUUGAAAGAAGCACUCAAAGGUACUGACAUUAGUGAUGAUAUGAAAAAAUUAGUAACCGAAAAAUCAGGAGAAGUGAUCGAAAAAUUAAGCGAAAAAAUUAAGGGUGUUGGAAUAAAGGAAGAAACAAACACAUACCAAAGUAUUGGAAGACCCAAAAAGAUAGAAAAACCAAUAGUUGAAGAACGUACAGAAAAAGAAGAUCUUUUAAAUGAUGGUUCAUUUCACGCUGGUUCAUGGAAUCAAAAAAAUUUUGAUAAAUAUUUUAAAGAUUUAGAUGUUAUAAUCACGAGAGAUGCAUGGAAAUCAUAA